GCGGCCAGCAGUUUGCUUUUUUAGCUCCAGAUUGCAGUCUCUUGUGUCUCCCAUAGGGGUUAACAGGCCUGAAACACCACGGCCGCCAUUUUGAGUGGGUCAACGCCGCGCAGCCAUCUUGAGUGGGUCGAGAUCCUGUAGCCGGUUACUUCGCCAAGAUGGAAGAGAGUCACAGAAAACUGCUGCAGAAACACCGAGUGACGCUGGUGACCAGCCUGCAACCCGAGCCCCUGUGUAGCCGACUGGUGGCGAAGCGCAUUUUCACCGAGGACAUGAUAGAGGAAGUCAAGAACUCAGGGACACGCAGGGAUCAAGCCCGUCAGUUGAUAACUGAUCUGCAGACUCGUGGGACAAAAGCAUUUCCAGCUUUUUUGGAGAGUCUGGAGGAAACAGGACAACAUAAUCUUGCUGAUUUACUGAGAGAGGGGCUCUCCAUCCGAUCCAGCUCUUCCAUUUCUGUUAAACCAAUCAUGCCAGGGGAAGGAUUCAAGCCAGUAGAGCAAAUGACCCAGACUCCUCUCCCAGUCCAAUGUUCAGAUACUGAUUUCUUAGUUCCAGGAAAACCAACCACCAAAGGACAGAAGUAUGACACAGUUUAUAAAAUGGAUGCCAAUCCUCGAGGGUAUUGUUUGAUCAUCAACAAUGUGGACUUCUAUCCAGACAGUGAUUUGAAAUGUCGCUUGGGCUCUGACAUUGAUUGUGAACGUGUCCAAAAUCUCUUUAAGAAAUUGUACUUUAAGACUAUUGUUCGAAAAAAUUUGACCAAACAUCAUAUGUUGAAAGAACUGAGAAGUCUGGCAUGCAAGGACCAUGCAAAUUUUGAUUGUUGUGUUGUAGUUAUUCUUUCGCAUGGGAGUCAGGCUCAACAUAGACAAUUUCCUGGUGCAAUAUAUGGAGUGGAUGGAAGUCCCGCCGUUUCAGUUCAACAAAUUGUCAGCUUCUUUGAUGGCUCACACAGCCCAACGCUGCGUGAAAAACCCAAAAUAUUCUUCCUUCAAGCUUGUGGUGGAGAUCAAAAGGACAAAGGAUUCCACACAACAGAGGAAGUGGACAGUGCUCCUGAUAAAUUCUCUGAAACUGCCAGUUUACAGACUGAUGCUACUCCAUGUCAAGCAGAGGAUGAGCCAGAUGCAGUAUCAAGUUUACCAACCCCCAGUGACAUUUUAGUUUCAUACUCUACAUUCCCAGGCUAUGUGUCCUGGCGAGAUAAAAGAGAGGGAUCUUGGUACAUUAAAACAUUAGUGCGUGUUUUCAGUGAAUAUGCUCAUUCAGAAGAUCUACAGACAUUACUAACAAGGGUGACAAGAAAUAUUUCAGAAAAUGAAGAAGCUAAUGGAGUGUUUAAGCAGAUUCCUGGUUCUUUCAACUUUCUCCGGAAACAUCUUUACUUUCUUAACAAGGAGAAGCAGUGAUUUUUUUUUGGACUGUGACUGUACACACAGCUGCCUUGAUGUAAUACAUUUCGACAAAUCUCAAACCCAUCUCAGGACCUUGGUUUUGAAAGGAGAAAUUCUCACUGAGUUCUAAUUAACUGCUAUCUUCUUGAUUAUAUAUUUGUAUUUGCAGCAAAAUAAAUCUGUAAAGGCUUUUUGUAGUCUAAAUGGAGAUUGUUGGAUGCAAAUUAAUGAUUGAAUAUACUUUAACAUGUGAAUUACUGUUAAUCUGAUAAUUUGUGUACAAACCACCAUUGACACAAUUGUAUUGAAAUAUUGCCAAAAGAAAACUUACCUUUUUGGAGAAGAAGAGUAAUGAACUCAUUUUUCAGAACAUUUUAGUACAUUAGGAAGGGGAUGAGUCACAGAAAUUUGUUUUUGAAAUUUAUCUGCAAUAAUUCAUAAUAUGUAUUAUUGACAGAGAAGUGCUGAACAGAGUAAAAUAGAAUAAUUUUUGUUUUGCUUUAAGCAAAUUAGGUUCACUGAUCUUCUGUAGACCUUUAAGCAAUUAUGGCCAAUUAAUUUUGCUCCACUCUACUACCAGGUUGGAUUGUGAACUGAAAUUGUAUUUAGUACCUUGCAUUUCUGUGCCCCAAUCAAGAUGUGAGAAGCGUGAGUUUGCUGGUAUUAGCUGGGUAGUAGCUGUGGUGAUACAAUUGGUCUCAAUCUCCUGAGAUAUGGAGAUAAAAGCUGGCUAAUGUUUUGACUCCUGAUUGCUGUCCAUGAACCUUGCAGGAUCUUUGAUGCAGGCAUGAAAGAACUCAGCUGUGAUACUCCAUUAUUUGAACAGUACAUCAAUAGUCACAGUAAGGCACAAGAUAUGUAAACUGUAAAAAUGACCAGAGCAUAACUUGCACCUAAGGAAACUUUCAAUUAGUGUCUCAAAAGAAAGUGGUAAAGGGUUUUAAAAAAAAAACAAGGAAAAGGUAUUUGCAGCAGUUACUUGAUAUCUUAUAUAACGGCGUGAAUUGAAUAAGACAUGAAAGGAUACUUAAACCUAUAACUUGACACCACGCAGGCACAAGAGAUGUUAUGAAUGGUGUAUUUUCAUGUUAAAAGCAAAUUGCGUGUAGUUAUACCAGAAAUGGCAUUCCCUCAAACAAUUUGUGGUAAGGUUUGCAGUCUCUAUGCUUCCCUCACUUCAUAAAGGACUCACAGAAGAUAUCCCUAUAGCCAAGAGCUCACUCCAGCACCUUUUUGUUUCACGUUAUAUUUGUUGUGCAAUAGCUUUUCGUUUUGUUAAUAACAUAUAUCUUGUAAAAUCAUUAUGGUAAAAUAAAUUUUAUUAUGAAUUUC